CAGAGAGGAAGCGGUUCCUUUAAGGGUGACCACUCAGAAAGCCCGCCCGGAAUGCGUGCCGUGCCCCGCCCACUGGAGGCGGGACUCGCGGUGGUUUGAAGGAUCCGCGCGCUGAGCUGCGUGGCUGUGCGGCCGUUGAGAUGUCGGUGCUGAGGGCGAUAGACAAGCUGCCUGACCUGAACACGGCCACCAUCUUGCUGGUGAGCACGGAGGACGCGCUUCUGCAGCAGCUGGCCGAGUCGGUGCUCAAAGACGGCUGUGCGUCCGCGCUGAGAGUCCAUUUGGCCAACUCCCUCCCUUUGUCCUCCAAUGCGAAGCGGCCCCGAAUCGACCUGAUUGUGUUUGUGAUUAACCUCCACAGCAAAUACAGCCUCCAGAACGUGGAGGAGUCUCUGAACCAUGUGGACAGCAGCUUCUUCCUGGGGAAAGUCUGCUUCCUCGCCACAGGGGCUGGACGGGAGAGCAACUGCAGCAUUCACCGGAACACAGUUGUGAAGCUGGCCCACACCUACCGAAGCCCCCUGCUCUUCUGUGACUUAGAGGUGGAAAGCUUUCGAGCCACCGUGGCACAGCGCCUGGUGCGCAUGCUGCAGAUCUGCGCGGGCCACGUGCCAGGCAUCUCAGCGCUGAACCUGCUGUCCUUGCUGAGGCACCCCGAGAGCCCCCCCGCCCAAGGAGCUGUGAGCACUGCUGCCCUCCCCACGUUUGGUGCCAGCUCCAUAAGCAGGCACCGUUAGUGAAGGCCAGUCAGGGUCUGACAGGCCUGGAGGCAGCUGCUCACUCAGGGCUGAGACCUACUCCACCAGGGAUGCUGGGCAGGAGUGAGGAGGGAGCCCAGCAGCCUCCUGCUUCCCAGCCUACCUGUCUGACAUCCACCUAAGGUUGCUUUGGAACAAAGAGCCUCUGCUAAGAAAUUAAAAAAAAACUGAAGAUCUCUUUCACC